UGUUGUGUGCAAGAAAUGCACAAAGAAAAAAAAACGACAGUUGAUUCUAGUAAAUAACGAUGACGGUUACCUCGUGGAAUUACGUCACAACAACGUGUGUUUACUUCGAGAGAUAAUAAUAUAAACAAAAAGAUUUUAUUUAACUGGAUCUAGUUUUUCUGAGUGCUGUCAAUUUAUUUAAAAAUUUUUUUUAUUCACUCAUCCGAGAUUGGGUUAAAGAGUACUUUGAGUCGAAGGGUGACUGUGAUUGUCCUGAGGAUGAUGGGGUUCAAGACGAUGAUGAUCGACAACGCAUUAGAACGUUUCGAAAAUGCGCGGUAAAGAAACAAUGAAUACGUCAUCGGGAUGGGCAACAGAAUACGGACCAACAACUCGUGUUGAGGUUGCUAACAGUGAUAUUGACAGUGUAAAGAUUGAUUGUCAAUUGAGCAACGAUAAUAAUAAUCAGGGGACACGUAAUUUUAUAAAUUUAAUUAAUUCAGACACUCACUGCGUGUCUCAGAAUGAUUUGAGUUGCGACCUUAAUAUAGCCCCAUAUCAUGGGCUACCAUUAUUGGAAUACGCUCCUCAGUGGGCGCUUCCAUCGACUCACACUCAAUGGGAGUACCAAGCAAAUCCACUUCUAGCAUGUAAAAGUGCUUAUCCGUGGGAUAUUAAUUCAAAUAAUAUAAAUCUGCCUAAAGAAUUGGACACGUGGUGUUCAACAAACAGUUGUGUUGAUUCAGUCCGUACGGCAAUUGAUUUUGCAAAACCUAUUGUUGAUUUGACGCCGCCGAAAAAUUAUCAAGACUGUGAGGUGUCAAGUUCGGUAAAAAAAAUAGAACAGGAACAACCGAUUGACUUGUCAGUAGGUUCUGCUGUGAGUGAUCUUUGCCUUGAAGACUGCAAAAUAAAAUUGUCAAGCCGCAAAGACUCGAAAGACUAUUCAGUAUCAAAGUGUGAAGCUAAAGAAUCGCUGGCACCUGCUAUUAAAAAAUAUCAUUCCAAAGAAGAAUUAAAUUUUGUAUUACCUAGCAGUAAAAUAAAAAAACAAAAGUGUGAUUUGCAUUCACCGACAAAUUACUCAAAAGAAUUAACUGGAGUUUUUUGGCCUACCAAGAAAUUGGACGUUGAUUCCUUUGCUCUGAAACACGAGCGCCCUGUUGAUUAUUUUAAAAAAAAUCUAAACCUGUUAUCACAAAACUUUUGGGAAGAUUCCGCGAUGUCUGGACAGUACCCAGGACACAGUAGGCCACCGGUUGGCACACCACCGCCACAAGCUGUCUGGAAUCAUCUGACAAUGACUCAAGGCUCUGGACUAAAUAUUCACCCGACAGCUUUGUCAGGCGCGACGCUCAAUCCUGCUGGAUUUUACACCCACCCGUCAAUGGCAAGAUCAUCUCACUUGUCGUCUCAGCUGACACCUCAGCUGGCGCACACUCAAGCACCGCCUACGUGGCACACACCGACGGUGCCUUCAAAAAACGUAACCUCAAACGCACCAGGCAAUCCUUUGUUCAGUCUCCAAAUGCUUGUGGACAAUCGACAAAAUCAAAAUCAGUAUCGCAGCUCACCCGGGUCACAGAGCACGCUUGACCUCUCGGCGACCUCCGAGAUGGCCGAGAAUUACUCGCGAAUGACUCAGGACAUACCCAUAAGUCUGACUGCACGUAGUGUAGACAAAGGCAGCCGAAAUGGUAGCAUUAUAUCCCCGCCGAUUCCACUGAACGGUGAGACCUCUUCGGACAGUGGAAUCAGCUCCUCUGUACCAACCCCAAACUCUCUUGGUGAUCCCAUAACGUUAUCGUUAUCAACAAAGGACCAGCAGCAAUUGCUGACGACCCCAAAGAUAACGGUUAAGAAUUUUGAAAGUAAUCUCAAAGGCGUGGCAAAUCUUCACGAUAAAAUGAAAGAAUUAACCGGGGGAAUUGAUAAUUUUACUCAGAAAAUGAUAAAUUUACCACCAAGCGUUACUAUUGAAAGAGUACUGCCAGAUAAAAAAGAUACUGAGCCAGUCAAAGUUAAAGACUCGUUGAGUGUUAUUGCACAGGGACCACGAAAUGUAUUGCCUGUGAUUGUCAAUCUGACUUCUAGGUUAGACAAAGACGUGACGGACAGUCCAAGACGUGAACCUUCAUCUGAACGUGAUCGUAAAGUUGACGAAAUGAAUGUGAGAUCUCCAAAAAAUCUUCCCAAACGCGGUAAGAAAGGGGUCGACUCAUUGUUGGAAAAACUCGAGGGUGGAAAUAAAAAACUUGGUUGCAGUGAAAAUAUUGGGUCAGUUAUUGUUACUCCAGUAGACGACACUAAAGACACUUGCAGUGUAAAAAGUAUGUCACCGGAAAGACCUAAAUCUAAAUCACCCACGAGAGAAGACGACGUCGUCUCACCGGAAUUCAGUAAUGACGAUUCCAAUGACAAUAUGAAACAACGACGGAAGCGUAAGCUCGAGAAACCCGUGAGGCUGAGUAAAGAUUCGAAAAUGGAAGUCGAAGAUAUGGAACUUGAGCCAACGGAACCCCGAGAACCCAGGAUAUGUGAAACGGUCCGUGAAGAACCGGAGGAAGCAACUCCUCCUCCAGUUCCCGUAAUCCCUCAGCAAAAAGAUGAAAUUAGAUUAGAGGAGAGAUUAGAGCGGGCUAAAACGAAUGAGGAAACAACAAAUCCAAUGACGACAGCUAAUCAGGAUAAGGUUGAAGAAAAUGAGCCUGUUAGGAGGCGGAGUAGUAGCGAGGGAUCUUCCUCGACAAAUAAUCCGAUGCCGACGAAUAAUCAGCGGGUUAGGAGAAAAUCCAGCGAUGAUGCAACUGAACUAUCGAAAAUAACGAGUCCAAAAGGCGUUAAUAAUGCAAACCCCUUCAACGAGGUUGAGUCUGAGUUGGAGAAAAUGUUUGCAGGUAUUGUAGAAACUGAUACCGAUGUAAAAAAAGACGACUCUAAAGUAGAAGGUUCCACGACAACAACGACGACGACGACGUCAAGUACGACGACGAUGGACCCCAAUGCCGUGGUGGAUCCAUUGAAACAAGAGACUGCUGAUGAUAUCAAAUCAGAAACAACAGAUGCACUGAAUUCUACAAAUCCUACGGACGUAACGUCCACAGUGGGAACUAAACCCCCAGCGAAAAAAGGAAAGAAAGGACGAGCGCGGGCGAAAAAACGAAAAGCUUCUAGAGUACCGCCGGAAAAUAUAUUUGGACCUAGUGCUGAAGAUAUUGUAGGGAGAGACGCCAAGAGGAGAAAACAGUCAAAAGGUUCGAAGAAGAAGCAGGAGAUAGGGAAGAAAAAGAAACCUGAUGGCUUGAGAGAAAUAGCGUACGACUCGGGUUCCAAUGCCAGUUCGAUCAGGUCCAGAGGUCCUGUCGUCCAUGUUGAGGGCCCAAGAGACAGUCCUCUGAGUGUCCAGGUCGUCAAUGCACCGAGGGAGGAAGAGGAGGAGAAAAGCAAAGAAAAGCGAAAAAGUGUCGGCAAUGGAAAUGUCGGACGGAGUAAGAGACUGAGUCAUCAGAAUGAUCUUGAUUAUCGUGGAAAAGUAAGCAAAGCUGGUCUCUUCAGUUCAACUCUAUCAUCACGAUACGAUGCCCACACCACCGAUUCAACGUGGGUAUGCGUGUUUUGCAAACAAGGACCUCACUACAUUGUCCCUGGAGAUCCUUCUCGGCCGCAUCCUAAUUUAGCCGGGCCUCAUAUAGCUCCUGGAACUUACACGGUACCCGGUGGAGUGCUCAGCGAUCUCUUCGGUCCAUAUCUAAUUGGAAAGGAGCGACUGGAGGAAGGUAUCCUCUCAGCAGAUGAGCAGGAAAUAACGACAGAACAAAAGAGAGGGGGUAAAAAUAAACGCAGUCUGAGGUACGCGGGUCUGGCAGACAUAUUUUCCGCCAAGAUGGGCAAGAAGAAGAGAAAUUCCAUUGAAGCAAAUACCGCGGUAAUGUUCGCGGGGAUGACAAUGAUCCCUGGCGACGAGCAGCGGUGGGAAGUCUGGCUACACGAGCAGUGCGCAGUUUGGGCCGCCGGAGUUUACUUGGCCGGUGGGAGAGUUACUGGUCUCCAGGAAGCCGUCUGGGACGCGACAAAGUCAAUUUGCAAUGCCUGCGGAAUGACUGGAGCUAAUAUUGGUUGUGUGAAACGCGGGUGUAAGGCCGUCACUCAUUAUCCUUGCGCCAUAACAAAGGGUUGGCAUCUCGACAAUACUCAGUAUAUACCCAAGUGCAACCUACACCGAGUAACGUGAAAUAAUAAAUUGGUGAAUUCAAAAUAAUAAUAAUAAGAAUAAUUAUAAUUAUGAUAAUAUUAAUAUUAAUAUUAAAAAGCAUCAAAAUAAAUCGGUAGCGUCACAAUUUGAUAAAUAAACUGAUGUCGAAGUCUAUCACCGUGACGUUAUCAGUAUCUGGGGAUUAAUGGAUGAUUUAAUUGAUGCUAAAUGAUGUGUACCAUAAUUAAAUAUAAUAAUAGUUAUAAUAAUAACAUUAAUCAUAAUAAUAAUAAUGGUAAUUGUAAUAAUAAUAAGUGUGUUAAUAUGGUAAAAAAACGGUUUAAUGAGACUAUGAAAUCUCCUGGAUGAGUGCGCUAUUAAAUCGCGGUGUUCGAGCACACGAGCAAGACAUUUGUUACGAAGAAUUGAUGAUAAUGUAAAUGGGCUCUUCGUUGACUGGAUUUAAUUGACUUUCUUGGCCCGUGGCCUUGAACCGUGGCCUUUUUCGAUUUAAUACUUAAAACAAAACAAUAAAAUUAAAAGCUAAUAACAAAUAGAACAAACAAAAUUGUAAUACGAAUGUCGUCCUUUUUAUUUUAGUGCAGCGAUUGUAGAGCAGCUUUUGUAUAGAAGCCAUCAGCCUUCUCGGACACGGCGAAUCAGACGUUUGUUUGCUAACGUCCCCAACAAUCGACUUACUCGUAUAAUUCUUCGUGAAGAAACAAUACAAACUAAUAGAAAUGAUAACAAUAAUUAUGGUAAAAACAACAACAAUAUUAACGUUACUUUAUUUUACAGUCAAUGACGUAUGAGUUUGUCCGGCUUCAUUGUAAAUAUUGAUGUAACAAAGUUCAAAAGACAAGCCUAGGAUGAAGAGACUUAAUUAACGUUCUCAAUUAAUUGAUUUAUUUUAAACAAUUACCGUACUGUCUAUUCUCAAUAAUCCGGUAGACAUUGACUUAUUUUUUUUAUUAAUCGAUCAAUUGAUUAAGUAGAUUUUUUUUUUUAAUUAUUAUAUAUUUGUAUAAUUAAACAUAACACGUGGGUAAUUAUUAUUUCUAUGCGUCACUAAUAAUUAUAAUUAUUAUUGUUCAUAUUAUAUUUACUUAUUAAAUCAGGGAGUGAUUACUUUAUUUCCUUUUUUAUAUUAUAUCUUAUCACAAGUCAUUUUCAAAGCUUUAUAUACUCGAUUUGUUGUACAAAUUUACAGUACUGUCAUUAACACUUUUGUUCUUUUCUUAUUUUUUUUUUUUUUUAUUUAAUAAAUAAAGCGAUAAAAAUCUUUUGUUUCGACUGAUAAAUUUUUAUCUAGAGAUAAUAUUUAUCGUAUUAAUUAUUAAUGGUUUAUAAUUAUUGAAAUAAAAAUAAAUUAAUCGCUUCCGAUAAAAAUAAAUUACCACGAUAAAAAAAAAUGUAAUAAUUAAUAUCAUUGUUACUGUUGGUAUUAUUAAUAACUAAAGAUGAAGUGUAAAUUCAGGUCUCAGUGACAUUUAAAUUUCAAAUUGAAAUUAAUCGCGUUAUUUUAUGUACUCGCGCUGGCUAGAGCGACUGAAAAUUUAUUUGAAUAUUUUAUUUUUAUUUGUUCCAUGGAAAAUUUGUAUAAAAGUAAUCAUAUACAUAGACCAUAAUGUAAAUAGCAUUUACCAUGUAGGCAUAAAAAUAUAUAGUAACUAUACAUUAAUAUAUAAUGUAUGUAUGUAUGUAUCGAUAUGUACACUUAGUGAAAGAUAAAUUUUUCGAGCUCAUAAAAUAAUGAAUUUAAUUUUAAAAUUUAAUUAAUUAUUAAAAUAGCGUUUAGCAACGAAUAUUAAUUAUCAUUAACAAAGAAAGCAAAAGAUAAGAUCAUUGUAAAUAAUGUAGUUUAUAUAGUGUGGGUUUAUUGAAACAAAAAAAAAAAAAAAAAAGUUAAAUAAAAUUGUGUGAGUGAUGAGCCAAUUUAGCGAUAACUUAAAAUAUUAAUUUCGCAAGAAAAUGAAUAAAAGUUAAAAAAAAAAUAAUUAUGAUUUAUUAAUAAACUAAUUAAUAGUAAUGAGAAAGCAUAAUUAUAUUUUUAGGAUAACAUUGAUAACAGUCUGGAUUUAAAAUAAAAAAAUGUAACGCUUAAAUUAAAAUGAGACUACACCUUGAAGAUGACGCUUAUAUUCUACAAUUGUCUAUCAAAAGAUUUAAUUAAUUAUUAUAGUGAUAAUUAAUUUCAAUGAAAAUUAAUUGAGGUGUAAUAUUAAUUGUGAUACGAUGAUUAAAUGGUUUUAAAAAAUAAAUAAUUAAAUGGGUGACUUUGCGUACAGCGAGCAGUUGAAUUAAAAAAAUCUAUAUAUAAAUAAAAUUUAUAUAAAAUCAUGAUAAUAAAAAAUGAAUAAUUAAAUAUAUGAAUUGCAUGUAAAAAAAAAA